AUGGUAUCUUUAAUUUCGCACAGCCCGAAACCUGUGGCGACAAAUUUUUACGAAAACAGCUUUAAACAGCUGAGUGAUAUUCAGCAAAAGCAAGUUGGCUUGAUCGUAGGUGCGAGCGUAGCGGAUGCUGCUGCUCGAGCGUUAGAGGGCUUUAGCGCCGAUGAAAUCCUCGCUUUGGAAAAUCGGGAUGAAAGUGACUCUAUUUCAAGUGUUAGUAAAUCCAAUCUUUACGAGGAAUCUUCUGUGGUGUUUUCAGACAUUCAAGAAGAGAAUUUCCGCGGUGACCUCGCGCUGAGCGAGGAGGGUUUGCUCGAACUUCGCCAGCAGCGUGGGCGUAAUCCUCUUUUCGACCAUUCCUUUAGCUAUAUGCUAUUUUUCGCACUACUGCGUACGAUGAGUGCGGCAAGGGGAGAGUUUCCUGUUUCCUUUGUGGAACCGCUAUGGAUCAAAGCCUCCCAUCGUGUGCACCCGACGCUCGUUUUCGCUCAACACCACGGCUCUUUUCUGCACACGCUCUGCACGCUAUUAUCCAUUCCCACGAUCUACCCGUACGCCAGCGAUGAAGCGCUGCGGGCAUAUGUGGACCCUUUUAUCGAUUCUCUCACCACCCCGCCUCCUUCUUAUUCCUCUGAUUUGGAGGGAAAUGUGGACGAUUUUGACGAGCUUGCGCAUGCCGAGCGGGAAGCCGUUCGCAAUUUCACGAAAAGUGCUCUCGGGGUGGUGCUUCGUGUCCUGCAAAGCAUCCCCGAUCCCGAGCGGAAUGCCGCUUUUAUGGCGAUUCCAGGAACAGCUGAUAUCUUCACCCCAACGAACGCAGUCUUUUGCCCUCCACUUGGAAAGGAUUCUUUAAAUACUGGAAGUGAUGGAACGAAUAAUAUAAAUACUCAUAAUAUUAGUUUGGAUAAGUUUAGACGCUGGAAAGAGCUCCGUCAGGAGCGUUUGGAUCUUUACCGUGCCAGAGCCUCACUCCCUACGGCGUCCUUUGCAGAAGAGAAGGAAGUGUGCAUAUUUCCUGCACGACCUACUCUGUACGAUGCAGGAAUUGUACGGGAGGCGUUUACGAUUGCUCGGAUGUCGAGAAGCUUUAUGGAGGGCGUGGUGCGGGCAGUGCAGGCGGGUGGAGAGCAAACCAGCAGAAGAAAAGAUGGAGGAGGGAGUGGAAGUGUGAUUUGCCACCGGACGAUGCUAGUAGGGGCUUUGCUAGGCGGGAGGUUCGGCAUUCGGCGGAUCCCGACGUCGUGGAUCAAUGCCACGAUUGAUUAUAAACCGCUCAUCACGAUGGCUAUCGAGGUCGCGCAGUGGGCAUGGAAUCCACCCCAUCACUAA